AUGCACGAACCAACGACCGAUACCCCGAGAGUAAAAUGCGUCGCUUGCACAUCCGUCGAUGAUGGACUGGCCUUUGCCAGCGACUUGACAUCGGCCAGCAAGCUUGUAGAUGGCCCUGUUAGCAAGAAACCGGUCUCGAACUACUUCAAAAGCGCCCAGUGGUCUGCAGACGGGACCACAGUAAUCACCAAUUCGGCUGAUAACCAUAUUCGGUCCUAUAUCCUACCGCCGGACCUUUUGGAUGAGAAGGAUGCUCCCCAUACGCUUCGACCGUACCAUGUCAUACCUUCAAAGGAGCCCAUUUACUCGGCGGCGAUAUACCCAUUCUACGACUUGCAGGACCCUUCAACCACCUGUCUGCUGUCUGGACUUCGAGACCACCCAAUUAGCCUCGUGUCACCCACAACCGAGGCCUUUAUAACCCCCCAUUCCCUUCUAUACCCGUCAAGCCUUGGAGGGACGCAUUUCCUAGCCGGGUGUGACAGUCUGAUCUGCCUGUUUGAUAUAUCUCGCCCCGGGAAAGAUGGGCCUGUAUCGAGGCUACCGACUAUUCCAAGCAAGCGGAAGAAGAUUGUCGGGGGAGGCGUGGGGAUGAAAGGUAUCGUUUCCGCAAUGGCAGUCGACUCUAGUGGUAGCGGAAUACUUGCUGCAGGUACAUUCACCCGACAUAUUGGGCUAUAUGGAGAUACCGGAAGUGGUGAUACUAUCGCCACCUUUAGCAUCGCCGACACAGCUGCCGAAAGGGCCAUCGGCGGGAAUGGCGUGACUCAGGUCCUCUGGAGCCCAUGUGGCCGAUAUCUGUAUAUUGUGGAGAGAAAGAGCGACGGAAUGCUGGUGUACGAUAUCAGGGUGACCGGCCAGCUCGUCGGGUGGCUUGAAGGGAGGAAAGCGAUGACGAACCAGAGAUUGGAUGUCGAUAUCGUUGCCGUCGGCGAGACAUCCGAAAUCUGGGCUGGCGGGACAGACGGGGUUAUUCGCAUGUGGAAGAACCCGUCUCACGCUGAAGGAGGCUUGCGUCCGAUAUGGGAGAAGCAUAUCCAUGACGGUAAACGAGCACCUUUCUCUUUUGCGAAGUGCAACCCCCACGUACUGACUGCAGUAUACAGAUCCGAUGACGAGUUCCGUAGUUCAUCCGACGGGAAGUGUAUUGGCGACUUGCUCAGGGCAAAAACAAUAUCCAUCGUUUUCAGAUGA